GAUGAGGAAGACGAGCAGGAGGAGGAGGAGGAGGAGAAAGCGGAGGAAGAGGAGGAGGGAGGAGGACAGAUGAGGAGGGAGCAGGAGAAGGACGAGGACGUCUUUGUCGCCGCCCUCCCUUUCGAAGGCAGGGCGCUCCAGCCGGGCACGCGCCAGCCGGCCAGCAGCCGCGAGGCUCAGCCGCCAAGCCAGGUCCCGCACGCGGGGGGGGGCGCGUGCAUGCGGCGUGCAUUGCACAGGGGCGAGGAGGGAGGGGAGACAGAGGAGGAGGAGGAGGUGGAGCAGGGAGGAGGCGCAGGAGAAGAAGCGGGCGGCUCAUGUGUCCACGCGCGGCUUCUUCCUCCGCUUCUUCCCGCGCCUCGGCUCUUCGGCCCAUGGCAAUCCACGAUGGCGCCCAGCCUGUGGUGGCGGCACCUCGCACAUGGCAAAGCAGAGGCAGAACCGAAAUAG